AUGCUCCUCAUACAUCCUCCACCGGCAUAUCCCAUAUCCUCCGCCAAAGUGGAUAUCUCACUGUUACUCAAACCUGACGAUGAAGAAGAAACUCUGCUUCAUCAACAGACACAUCAUCAACAACCACCACCACCACCACCACAACAACAACAAAAUCGUCCAUCUUCUUCGAGGAUGUUAGCUUCUGGUCCAGCUCCAAGAGUAGUACCACCAGGAUCCGCUCCAAUGACACCAACAACGCCAGGACCACAACCAAAAUCUUCGGCGGGGGGCAUUCUAGGCUCAACACCAACAACAACAACAACAACAGCAGGCACAAAACGACAUUCGUCGUCUUCACUUGGGAAUGAACCACCGGCUAAAAAACAGUCUAAAUGGUCGCCCGAGGAAGACGCCCUGAUUAUCGAGUUGCGUGGUAGAGGUAUGAAGUGGGAGGAUAUCAGUAAGAAAUUACCCGGUCGAAGCGCGAUUAGUUGUCGGUUGCAUUAUCAAAAUUAUCUCGAGAGGAGGAGUGAGUGGGAUGAGGAUCGGAAGAAUAAGUUGGCUCGAUUAUAUGAAAGAUUCAAAGCGGAAAUGUGGGCAAAAGUCGCAGAGGAAAUGGCUAUUCCCUGGCGAGCCGCUGAAGCUAUGCAUUGGCAACUGGGUGAACAGGAAAUGGCUCGUCGCGCCGGUGUUGUCCCGUUCUCCCUGUCAAGCGGUUCCUCGAUUGAGCCGGCGCCAAAACUUCGUCGAAAUACGACGACGACCGUCAUGCCUCGACUCAGAAGACAAUCCAUGUCUGUCGCCGGUGUUUCGCAGCGUUCUAUGCCUCCUCCUCAUCCGUUGGCGAUACCGCAGGGAAUGCCUCUUCAGGGACUACCGCCUCAACUACUUCCGCCAGCACAUCAUCCGCCUCCACCUCUGCCUCAACCUCAACCUCUUCCUCAGGGUCAAUCUCAGGGUCAACCUCAACUUCCAUCCGUCGAAGAACUGACCGCCGGCGUGCCAGCGUAUAGCUCUUCACACACACAGCCCAUCAUCAAUCCGUAUCAUCAAGGAGCUCGACCACAACAGCCUCCGCCGAUGAAUCUUCCUCAUCCUCAAUCUGAUCUUCCCGGCAUGUCACCGACUCGAACGAGACCAUGAUUUUGACAUAGAUAACCCAUAAACAUAGUUCAUGAUUUGUUUGCAUAGCAAAGGAAAAACGAAAAAGGAGGAAUCCGUCCAAUUAGCGAAUAGUUUUGGUUAAUGGUGGGGGGAGGAUAUUUGUUUGA